AUGAAUUCAUUUCUGCUGAAUCGCCAGCUCGGUUCCAUCGGUCCACAGUCACUCAUCCAGGCGCAGCAUGACCGGCUCCUGAAGGCACUGCAGCCCACGCCUCUCCUCCGCUUCGCGCUUCAGCCGCCGACGGAACGCGCUCGAAACGAUGCUCCAAGAACAGUCGAUUUGGCACACGCCGCUGGUGUCAGCAGCAUUGCCAUAGACCGCUUCGAGGGCCGGUAUUUGGUUUCUGGCGGCGCCGAUUCAUCUCUGGCCAUCUGGGAUCUCGAGGCUGGUGAAGCAGAUGCAUCUCCCGGAAAAGCGAUCACGCAUUUGCCCUUGGCCGUAUCGGCGAAGACCUCGAACACUGCCCGUCUGAGCAUCACUCAUGUGUCGUUCUAUCCCUUUGACUCUCUUGCUCUGUUGACAAGCGGCUAUGAUCACAGUCUGAAGUUGUUCUCUUCCGAGACAUUGGAAGUCUCUGCGUCUUUCGAUCUUGGCUCUACAGUGUACUCACAUGCUACGUCCAGCAUUGCAAGCCAUCUACUUGUGGCCUGUGCGACCCAACAUCCUGCUGUGCGACUUGUCGAUCUUCGUUCCGGAUCUGCGAGCCACUCUCUGGCUGGGCAUUCAGGCUCACUGCUGACAGUCGCGUGGCAUCCGAAGUACGAGAACAUACUCGCGAGUGGGGCGACUGACGGUUGCGUACGCACUUGGGAUGUCCGCAAAUCGGCAAGUAGCCUUGGAGUCCUGGACAUGGAAGACAGCAUCGGCAUUGCCGGUUAUGAUGGCAAAGGCACAGGAGCGCGACGACGGGAGAAGGGCCGAGCGCACAAUGGAGCAGUCAAUGGUCUUUCUUGGGCUGAUGAUGGUCGGCACUUGGUCACCACCGGGCACGACGAGCGCGUGAGAGUGUGGAACCUGGACACUGGUGCUAACACGCUCGUGAACUUUGGACCAGGACUAAAGAAUUCCACGACCACGGCGCUGUUGCCACUUGUGGUACCAAGCCAUCUGUCUGCAGCAGGAAAAGAAAUCGUUGUCUACCCGAACCCCAGAGAGAUCCUCGCCUUUGACAUGCACGACGGGACCCUGCAGAAUCGUUUGCGUGUUCAGGGCCUGCCGGGCGCCCAACAAGCCGAUGCAAACGUCCGCAACCCAAAGAACAGAACGACAGCACUCGCAUGGCGCGCCCAUCAUGUUCAGAUGUACUCUGCUCAUGGAGAUGGUACUAUUCGUUGCUGGGAUCCGCGCACCGCGGAGGACGCUGCUGCUGAGCAAGAAGAGGCGGGUGAGUUGGAGGGUGGCGAGGGCGCAGCGGCGGAGCGGAAGCGAAAACGUGAGGCUUUUGAACAAAUCGUAGCAGAUCUUACGACCAAGAAGAUCACGUUCUCCUAG